GAGAGAGAGAGAGAGAGUCUGAGAAGCUCACUGCUUCGCUGAUUUUGAGGAGAGAGGGAGAGAGAGAGAAGAGUACCUCACAAGACUUGCACAGAUAUAGACGAAGACUUCGCAUUGUCUUACUUCUCUGCAAUUUCUGGGUUCUUCGUCUUCUUCUUCAACAGCCUAUCAAAUUUUCUCUCUCAAGGAGGAACAAGUCCUGAAAAAUCCAGAUCAAUCAUGUCUCAACUUCCCAACAAUCAAAUAGCCUCUGGUUCCGAUAUCUAUUCGACAAAACCGGGCUUGUCAGGUCUUAAGAACCACAAAAUGAUCUCUGGUGUCUUUGAAGCAAAGUCUCCAUCUGAUGAAACAGCUUGGAGCCCAACAUCUCCUUUGGAUUUCAGACUAUUCUCCAGUUUGGGGAAUCCCUUUGGUGGAUCUUCCUCGAGGUCAAUUCGAAAAGUAGUGCAUCAAAAGAGCUGGGAUUCUGGAAAAGUAGGCUUGAGUAUUGUGGAUUCUCUUGAUGAUCAUCACACUGAUUCAUCAAGGAUUCUUCUGCCAUCACCGGAUAGUAAAAACAUGAUCUUUGGGUCGUGGAUGAGAAAUGGAAACCCCAAAUGCCAGAAACCUCAUCAACUCUUUGCCAAAACUCCUAUGUUCAAGGAUGAUAAACCAAAUGUUGAUGUGAUUGAGCUUGAUUUCUCUUGCCCGGUCAGUGCUUACUGUUCAGGUGCCGGGAACAUCAGUGUGAACAACAAUGAUGCUUGUCAGGUGAUGAAGCAAACCCAAGGAUCACUUAAUGUGUAUACUGAAAGUGACAUUGAGAUCUCAGAGGACUACACUUGUGUUAUUUCACAUGGUCCUAACCCCAAAACCACCCAUUUUUACGGAGAUCUGGUUCUGGAGUCGCUAGAGCACUAUGGGAUAAAGAAAGAUUGUUGUGAAAACAAGAAAGAGAGCAUUUUUGUUAUUUCUCCUCUUGACUUGACAACGACUGAUGAUGUGUUACCUUCCAAUGACUUCUUGAGCUUCUGCUGUUUCUGCAGCAAGAAGUUGGAUAUGGGGAAAGAUAUAUACAUGUACAGAGGUUACAAAGCUUUCUGCAGUAGCGAGUGCCGUUCAGAGGUGAUUCAUUUAGAUGAGAAAAUAGAGGAAGAAGAAGAAGAUGAAGCAGCCAAGUCUGAUUCAUCUUCAGACAAUGACCUGUCUAAGAAGAAGAGUAACGGUGUGAUCUUCACCGUGGGCUGAGGUCGGAAUGCGCCCACCAAUUCCAUGAUCGGUUUGAGUCCAUGAAAAAGAGGAAAGGUAGAAGCUUGAGCUGAUCAUCUGUUCAAGAAAAAGAGCUGCUGGUUUCUCUAAACCGAGGCGGCCAUGGAUGAUCAUUUUUGUAUAUUGCUUGUGCUUCUAGUUCUACUAGACUACUACCUAUCCCC